AUGCCUCCGCGGAUGUUCCAACCCACCUGCGAGACCGACGAGUCUUCCGACGAGGGCUUCGCCGAGCCCAAGUCGCAGCCCCAGUCCAAUGUCUCCGCCAAGCGCUCCUCGCAGAACGAGCUGCGUAGGACCCAUGGCGCCGCCCGGCCGAACGACCUCACAAGUGAUUCAGGGUAUUCGAGCCGCACCGCCGCCACGGGUAGCAGCGCUGAUUCCGCCAAAAGCUCGAAUAGUAGAAGACGCUCGCCCGUGAAGACUGACGCCCCACCUGCCGCUCCAGAGGCCCCGGCUCCACCCACUGCCCAUGCGCGCCCCAGACUGUCCGAGAGCUCCAAGAAGAAGAGUCAUGCUCGCGAGAGCCCCAAGCCUUCCAAGACAUCCAAGACACAGAAGGAGAGGAAGCCGGUGGUGGUGCGCCAGUCUUCCACAAGGACCAGAGCUCCAUCCGUCACCCGCCCACGUCGCGACAGCGUCGGCCCAGAGUGUGAGGAUCCCAACUGUGACCGGUGCCUGGGCAGGUUGAGAAUAAAGCCACCGCCAUUGAAGACUGGAAUGGAAGACAAUUACUCCUCGUACACCCCUCGGUCACCCCGCGUGCCUCCAUCUCCAGGCAGGCCUCCAAUUGGCUACAAUCACCCGUUCGUUGAAACCCAAAUCGCAGGAUCAACAACGAGGUCACAAAUUUACUCUCACCAGAGGCCACUCAGCUACUACAGCGGAUCUAGUCUCUCAGACCGCCACAACUAUCCCCAGAUGAACCACGGACCGCCGCCUACAAUGUGGAAUCCUCAGUAUGCUGCCAUGAUGGGCGCAGCAUCUCAUGCAGGGUAUUACGGCGCAGUCCCUUCUUCUCCCCUUAGCGCUUCUUAUGAAAGCCGUCCUCCCAUAUUAAGCAGAGCGAGUGAGGGAUAUCCUCCUCGGCCGUCCCCACAAAACUUGCCAAACCCCCGCUACGGACCUCUUGUAGCGCAACCUCUUCCGUACCAACCAGCGCCUUCCGAUGACCGCUCGGAUGAGGAUGAGGAUGAAAGUGGCCACUACCGCCAUGCUCCAGCCGAUCAUAGCAGGAGUAUCAUGGGGCCACCGCCUCGUCCAACCGUCGAGCCUCCACGACGGCGACCAAGCCUGCGGUCGCAAACGACUAGUAACGUUCCCCGUGCCAGGCCGUUAUCCGUUGGCUACUACGACAGAGUGGACAACUACGAAGACGAUCUAGUCGAAAUGACUCACUCGCUUCAACUGCCUCACAGACGUUCUUCCGUCGCUGGCUCCAAUCGCAAUUCCUAUUACCCUUCAGUAUCGAGAGGAGACCGUGUCACGAUCCAACCUUCCAGGUCCGACCGACCCAGAGAUUCAGAACGUGAAAGGACUAGAAUCAACACGGUAUACAACAGGGACGUGGCUCACCUCGAGUAUGACGACACUCUCCGCCGCGACGCUAGCGCCGACGAUAGAAGGAAGGACAAGCUGCACAGCGAAGUCAACAAGGUGGAAGCCUACUUGAACAGCAUGAACGGCAACUCUGGCGCUGUCGCUGAUAGUCUUCGCACCAACGCUGCUCGCGGCCGCGCUUCUAGCAACGCUACUCGCCCUCGAGCCAGCAGCCACUCGCAGCACAGCUAUGACGGCGCCAGCCGCAUUAGUGAUGGAGCUCGCAGCACCUCAACGCGCAAGACCGUCAAAGACGGUAACAUGGUCAUCAGAAUGGAGGGUGAUGACAUGUUCGUCGAAGGCGACAUGGGCCACAAGGUUUUCAGGGUUACCACUGGCGAAGAUGGCAAACAACAGAUCAUCAUCUCCGAGACCAAAGGCAGGGAGAAGAAAUAUCUCGGGGAGGGCAGCCGUGUGACUACCAACACCAGCAGCAGCCGGUCUCGAAGCGAUCGUGAGAGUGCUCUCCCGCGUGGUAGUAGUAUUCGCGGUGGCUAUGAGCCCGCUCCCGAGCCUGAACGCCCGAUGAGACAACAAAGGAGAGUUCACUAUGCCAACGAUCCCCGACAAUAUUACCGACCCGAACGGAGAUUCUAA